AAUGCAACAACGACAUCCAGGACAUCAUUGACAAGCUCCGCCCCAGCGCCAACGAACACGGUCCCUUGCAAUGGAUUCCCGGAGUUCUGCAAUCGUCAAUACAGCAACAUUACAUUCGUGACGGCUCACAAUGCCGCGAUGGUGGUGCCGAAUAAUGCGGCCAGCAAUCAGGGAUAUGGCAUCAGGACACAGUUGAAUGAUGGCAUUCGAAUGAUCCAGGGACAAGUCCACUGGUCCGAGCAGAACCAGACUCUCUACAACUGCCACAGCUCCUGCGACCUUCUCAACGCCGGUCCCUGGGAGAACACCCUCGUCACAAUCCGCGAAUUCCUCCAGGACAACCCAUACGAGGUCGUCACAAUGCUCAUCGGUAACAGCGACUUCCAGCCCGUGGAGAAAUUUGUCCCAGCCAUCCAAAACGCCGGUCUAGCCCCAUAUCUCUACGAACCGCAAUUCGUGCCCCAAUACCGCAACCAAUGGCCAACGAUCGGGCAGAUGAUCCUCCGCAACCAGCGCCUCGUAAUCUUCAUGGACUACGACGCCAACCAGGACAGUGUGCCAUACAUCUUGGACGAGUUCACGCACAUGUGGGAGACGCCAUUCUCGCCCACCGAUCGAGACUUCCCUUGCACUCAGCAGCGACCUCCGGAUUUGAACCAGACGGUGGCAAGGGAGCAGUUCAUGUACCUGGCCAACCACAAUUUGAACCAGCAGAUUGAUCUCAGCGCGAUUGGGAUCGAUUUGGGAGAUGAUCUGCUCAUUCCUAAUACUGCGCUGUUGAAUGUCACCAAUGGAGAGGCGAAUCAGUACGGUCGGUUGGGUGCCAUGUCGCUCAAUUGUACUGCCGAUUGGGGACGACCACCAAACUUCCUCCUCGUGGAUUACUACAACAUCGGAAGUCCCGACGCUGGGUCUGUCUUCGACGUGGCCGCGCAAGCUAAUGGUGUCGUUAACACCAGACCUUGCUGCGGCACGCGUCAGCGUUCCGCUGCUACACCGGCUCUUCAGUCG